UAUAGGUCCACAACACAUAAUACCCUGUAUGAUCAAACGUGCGUAUUGCGUAAAGUUAUAGCAGUUUUCCGGUCUCCUGCACGACUUAUAUAUAUAAACAGAUCCUGCAUAUAGCAUUUUUGAAACCAACUCUUGGUCAAGGUUAUUUCCGUAACACAGGACGACGGAAAGUAAUUGCGGUAACAUAGUUUUAAUCAUAUCUUAAAUGUCCGUUUGAUGAAAACGUAAAAUAUGAAAAAUUUCAAACAUUUUUGCUUUUCCUAAUGAUUGGUUUCAUUGCCAAAAUAAUGUUGAUUUCUCCUUCUUGUGCACCUUUUUCACAUUGAAUCACCUGGAUUGUUUGAAUUGGCAUGCUCCUCUGCGACAUUAUCAACCGGAAUAAUAAAUUUUAUAGGGUGUGAAACAAAUUAAAUGGAAAACCAUUCCGUUUCACCAAAACGUAAUCGGUAAAUCUUACCUGCUAAGCAGUAGUUUAAUGAGUAUCUGGCUCGGGCGAAUUGGACAACCACGCUCUGCUUAAUUAACAUUAAACGUAAAAUAGCUUUUAAAGUGUAUAUGACAUGAAAUUUCUUAUUUUCUUAUUAAAUGAAAGAACUUUUUAAGCUGUAGUGUAACUUACUUUUCAGUUUCUUGUUUUUAUGGUUUGUUCCCGAGAUAUUUCAAUUUAAACAAAUUUAAAUAAUUUGUUUUAUCGCCAUGCAAACAUACAAAGAACUUCCGUCCGCUAAUUUAUGAUGUCACGUUGGUUGCUAGCUCAACUACAACACUAGUUACCAGUGAGUGAAGUUUGAAAUUAUCAUCUUGGAAGAUAGCAGUGAUAUUCAACCAUUUUGAGGAGCUUGUAACCAUGCAACGUGACGUCAUAAAUUAGUGGACAUAUUCACACUGAUUUACAUAUCAAACAAACUGAAAUAACUCGGGAACAAACCAUAAAAACAAGAAACUGAAAAGUAAGUUACACUACAACUUAAAGAGUUCUUUCAUUUAAGAAAACAAGAAAUUUCAUGUCGUAUAUACACUUUAAAAACAACACGGAUUUAUCUUAACAGAUUCCAGUUGAAAAGAAGGAUGUGGUUUUAAAUAUCUUAUUUAUACGUUCUGUAAUCAAAGAAAAACCAGCACCGGUUAGCUUGCACCAGCAUUAUAUAAGAAUGGGGAAUACUGCACCAACCAAACAUGAGCUCAUAGAUGAGUACCUCAACGCCGGACUCUCUUAUAGACAAAGCCAUCAGUUUAAACUGGCAAUUAUAAACUUGGAGAAAACCUUGGUAAUAGCCAAGGAACUGCAAGAUGGAAAGAAGGAGUCCAAGGGAAACAUUGAGUUAGGUGCUGCCUGUAUAUGGGACAAUCAGAUUAAAAAAGCAAUGGAAUGCUAUCAAAAAGCUUUGGAAAUUGCAAAAGAACGAGGAUAUAAACCAGAGGAAAUAUGCGCAUAUCUUGGGUUAGGAGAAGUUUAUGAACUGAACAAUUACAUUGAAAAGGCAUUGGAAUACUAUGAAAAAGCCAUGGAAAUUGCAAAAGAACGAGGAUAUAAACAAGAGGAAACAAAGACAUACCUUGGGUUAGGAAAAGCUUGUAGAUUGAACAAUCAGAUUGAAAAGGUAAUGGAAUAUUAUGAAAAAGCUUUGAAAAUUGCAAAAGGACGAGGAUAUAAACAAGAGGAAACAUGCGCAUAUCUUGGGUUAGGAAAAGCUUAUAGACUGAACAAUCAGAUUGAAAAGGCAAUCGAAUACUUUGGAGAAGCCUUGGAAAUUGCAAAAAAUCGAGGAUAUAAACAAGAGGAAAUAAAGACAUAUAUUGGAUUAGGAGAAGCUGAUAGAUUAAACAAUAAGAUUCAAACGGCAAUUGAAUACUAUGAAAAAGCCUUGGAAAUUGAAAAAAAACGAAGAUAUAAACAAGAGGAAACAAAGACAUAUAUUGGGUUAGGAGAAGCUUAUAAAUUGAACGAUCAGAUUCAAAAGGCAAUGGAAUACUAUGAAAAAGCCUUGGAAAUUGCAAAAAAUCGAGGAUAUAAACAAGAGGAAACAAAGACAUACAUUGGAUUAGGAAAAGCUUAUAGAUUGAACAACCAGAUUCAAAAGGCAAUGGAAUACUAUGAAAAAGCCUUGGAAAUUGCAAAAGAACAAGGAUAUAAACUAGAGGAAACACGCGCGUACCUUGGGUUAGGAGAUGCUUAUAGAUUCAACAAUCAGGUUCAGAAGGCAAUGGAAUACUAUCAAAAAACCUUGGAAAUUGCAAAAAAACGAGAAUAUAAACCAGAGGAAACAAAGACAUACCUUGGGUUAGGAGAAGCUUAUAGAUUAAACAAUCAGAUUCAAAAAGCACUGGAAUACUAUGAAAAAGCUUUGGAAGUUGCAAAAGAACGAGGAUAUAAACAACGGGAAACAUGCGCAUACCUUGGGUUAGGAGAGAAGCUUAUGGAUUGAACAAUCGGAUUGAAAAGGCAAUAGAAUACUUUGAAAAAGGCUUGGAAAUUGAAAAAAAUCGAGGAUAUAAACAAGAGGAGACAAAUACAUAUAUUGGGCUAGGAGAAGCUUAUAGAUUGAACAAUCAGAUUCAAAAGGCAAUGGAAUACUAUGAAAAAGCGUUGGAAAUUGCAAAAAAUCGAAGAUAUAAACAAGAGGAAACAAACACAUAUAUUGGGCUAGGAGAAGCUUAUAGAUUGAACGAUCAGAUUCAAAAGGCAAUGGAAUACCAUGAAAAAGCCUUGGAAACUGCAAAACAAAGAAGAUAUAAACAAGAGGAAACAAAGACAUAUAUUGGGUUAGGAGAUGCUUAUAGAUUCAACAAUCAGGUUCAAAAGGCAAUCGAAUACUAUGAAAAAGCCUUCGAAAUUGCAAAAGAACGAGGAUAUAAACUUCGGGAAACAAAGACAAACCUUGGUUUAGGACAAGCUUAUACAUUGAACAAUCAGAUUCAAAAGGCAAUGGAAUACUAUGAAAAAGCCUUGGCAAUUGCCAAAGAACGAGGAUAUAAACUAGAAGAAACACAAGCGUACCUUGGGUUAGGACGUGCUUAUAGAUUGAAAAACGAGAUUCAAAAGGCAAUAGAAUACUAUGAAAAAACCUUGGAAGUUGCCAAAAAACGAGAAUAUAAACAAGAGGAAACAAAAACAUACCUCGGGUUAGGAGAAGCUUAUAGAUUGAACAAUCAGACUCAAAAAGCAAUGGAAUACUAUGAAAAAACCUUGAAAUUUGCAAAAGAACGAGGAUAUAAACAAGAGGAAACAUGUGCUUACCUUGGGUUAGGAGAAGCUUAUAGAUUGAACGAUCGGAUUCAAAAGGCAAUGGAACACUAUGAAAACGCCUUGGAAAUUGCAAAAGAACGAGGAUAUAAACAAGAGGAAGCAUUCGCAUUCAUUGGGUUAGGAGAUGAUUAUAGAUUAAACAAUCAGGUUGAAAAGGCAAUGGAAUACUACGAAAAAGGCUUGGAAAUUGCAAAAAAACUAGGAUAUAAACAAGAGGAAACAUGCGCAUACCUUGGGUUAGGAGAAGCUUAUGGAUUGAACAAUCAGCUUGAAAAGGCAAUAGAAUACUUUGAAAAAGCCUUGGAAAUUGCAAAAAAUCGAGGACAUAAACAAGAGGAAAUAAAGACAUAUAUUGGAUUAGGAGAAGCUUAUAGAUUGAACAAUCAGAUUCAAACGGCAAUGGAAUACUAUGAAAAAGCUUUGGAAAUUGCAAAAAAACGAAGAUAUAAACAAGAGGAAACAAAGACAUAUAUUGGGUUAGGAGAAGCUUAUAAAUUGAACGAUCAGAUUCAAAAGGCAAUAGAAUACUAUGAAAAAGCCUUGGAAAUUGCCAAAAAACGAGGAUAUAAACCGGAGGAAACAAAAACAUACCUUGGGUUAGGAGAAGCUUAUAGUUUGAACAGUCAGGUUCACAAGGCAAUGGAAUACUAUCAAAAAGCGUUGAAAAUUGCAAAAGAACGAGGAUAUAAACUACGAGACACAAAGACAUACCUUGGGUUAGGAGAAGCUUAUAGAUUAAAGUAUCAGAUUCAAAAGGCAAUGGAAUACUAUGAAAAAGCGUUGAAAAUUGCAAAAGAACGAGGUUAUAAAUUAGAGGAAACACACGCUUACAUUGAGUUAGGACAUGCUUAUAGAUUGAACAAUCAGAUUUAAAAGGCAAAGGAACACUAUGAAAAAACCUUGAAAAUUGUCAAAGAACGAGGAUAUAAACUAGAGGAAACGCGCGCUUACUUUGCGUUAGGAGAUGCUCAUAGAUUGAACAAUCAGAUUCAAAAGGCAAUGGAAUACUAUGAAAAAGCCUAGGGAAAUGCAAAAGAACGAAGAUAUAAACGAGAGGAAACAAGCGCGUACCUUAGAUUAGGAGUUUCUUAUACAUUGAAGAAUCAGAUUCAAAAGGCAAUGGAACACCAUGAAAAAGCCUUGGAAAUUACAAAAGAACGAGGAUAUAAACAUCUAGAGAACUUGACAAGAAAUGCAAUUAAAAAAUUGUCAAAAAUUACAGGUAAGCUUAGCAACCAGCUCGUACCUAGGGCCUCUUUUCUCGGCCAGGAAAGACCCUGGCAGGGGCUGGUCACGUGAUAUUCUAAUAUCUAGCAAAUUUUUAAUAAGCGUUGUUAUGUAAAUUUGGGCCGGGAGAGGUGGGAAUGCACUAGUUGACUUUUGGCAUGUGUACAAGUAUUGUUUGCUCCAAUAAACAUGACAAAAAAUCUGCUAGAUUUUAGCAGAUCACAAUGACCAGCUUCUACCAUGGUUUCCUUUCCUUAUAUAUAAAGAGAAGUCCCUGGGCGCAAAGUUGUAAAUUUGGCGAUGAUUUUUUAAUGUCUAUGAGUGUUAUAGGUUGAUAAGGUUGCAGUUAUUUCAAAAAUAAUACGUUCAAUCUGGCACUUGAGUUGUUUGUAGUUUUCAAUUUUUUUGCAAAUUAGCAGAAAUAUAUUGAUUUCCGUUGAAGAUCAAUUUUUAAAUAUUUAAAAUUCAAUAAGAUAUUAUCGGAGGUCAUGUAUGAAUCCGAAAAAUAUAGCCCGAGCUCGUUAAACGGUCAAACCGCCAAAGCGCAGCUACAGAUAAACACGCUGGGUAAAAAGUUUCAUGUUGACAGAGAGCUUUAAUUGUGUCUAGAACAUCUGUCGGGUUUUAAAAAAACAACUCAACCAGUAGGCGUGAGGCUAUAUACAGUUGAAAGAAACUGACUGAGGUAAUUAAAAAUUGUCCAAUGAUUUUCACAAACAUUAUAGUUUUAUGUUUUGUCUUCAGUGUCCCAAGUAGCUGACAACGUUUAUUUGAAUAUGAUGAAUUUUCAACACCUCGUAUGACAACUGAUUUGUUGGAAAAACUCAGAAGAAAAAUUAAAAAAAGAAAAUUAAAAACCAAAAUGAACACCCAAAAAUGUCAUGAAUUCCUUCUGAAAUACUGAACUAAUUAAACCUUUGGUAGUCUUAGAAUGCUCGAAGAAGAAUAAUUCGUCUUAAUUCGCCUUUCUACAUACCUGUAAAUAUUAUUUCUUACUAAUUAGGUAAAUCAUAACAAACUAUUUAUCGAACUCUCUUCUUGCUUUGAAGUUAAAUAGUUGAGAACAAUUCUGCAAGCAUGGGUUAAUAUGACUGUAUUUUCAAUCUUAGAUUUAGAUGCAGUCGAUGAAAACUAUGAUACUAAUAGUAUUAAAAUAUCCUAUACGUCAGACGACGCUCAACAGUUCAAUAGUGUGAACCAAACAGACAUCGAAAACGAAAGUGUUACUGAUGAUAGAAUUGCGUCAGCAGAACAAUUAUUGAUCUUGGGACGUUCUUACCAAACGGAAGGCCGAAGUGAGGAGGCUGUCAAAAGCUACGAACAAGCAGUUCAAAUUGCGAAUGAAGUAGAUCACAAUGACAUCAAAGCUAAAGCUUAUCAAGGCUUGGGAAACGUAUUUACUGGAAUUUCCGAGUGCAAGAAAGCAAUCAAAUAUUAUAAGAAAGCACGUAAAAUAUCUCCAGACCUUGAGGGAGAUGAGAUGGAAGUAAUAGCAUAUCAAUGGCUAGGUGACAACCACUUGCAAGCUGGUCUGUAUCAAGAAUGCAUAGAGUGUUACAACGAAGUGGUAAAACAUGCUUCACAGCUUGGAAACAAAAACAGAACGCUUACGCUUAACGCUUACCUAGGAUUAGGAAGUGCAUUUAGGUAUACUGAUAACUUUGAGCUCUCGCGAAAGUAUUUCUUGAAAGCUCUCACAGCAGCAGAACAGGUGAAUGACAAAGUUCUUCAAAAGGAAGCACAUACAAACUUGGGAUAUGUAUAUUACAAGAGUUGUAAGUUUGAUGCUGCUGUCGAAUCGUAUUUCAAAGUUCAAGAAAUUUCUCAUGAUCUUGGUGAAAGAAAAGAAGAAGCUAACGCCUGUCUUAUGCUCGGUGACACCUUCCAACAAUUGAAAAAACACGAGAAAGCAAAUGAAUAUUUCAAAAAAAUUUUAAAUAUCAGUAAAGAAUUGGAGGACAAAGAAAUGGAAGUAGUCGCAAUUCAGAGAUUAGGAACAUUAUAUUUAGCUUUGGCAUCAGCUUGUUCUGGAGAUUGUAAUUACGAAAAGGCAAUAGAAUGGUACAAAAUGGCGUUGGAUAUUUUUGAAAAAGAGCCCAGUGAUCACCUCUUGCAUCAGAAGGCUCUUACUGGUUUGGGAGCUGCCUGGUUCAACAUUGGGAAUACUGACAUGGCGAUUAAAUAUAUUCAAAAAGCUCAAAAGCUUGAUAAGAAGGAAGGCGAAACAAGUAAUAAUUAUUCUUUGAGAAAUUGUUUUUGUUUUUCUCGGUCCAAUCUUAGUUUAUUUUCUACUUUAAUUUCUUUUUCCAGUUAUUUUUUUCUAGUUAUUCAUAUUAGAGAGCGUUUUUGUAGCUAUAACACCAACACGGCUUAUCACUACAAUCGUGUCAAGAGUGCUAAGUUACACGAUGAUAUUUUACCUAAUUCGACUAUUUUAAAUUCAAUUUGAUAGAAUCAGGUGUUAAGGAAGAGAAUAUUCUCCUGCUUCAACAGUCAGGGCCAGUUACAGGUAAGACGCUUUUACAUUAAAAUAAAACAAUACGCCACCAUUUAUCAGUAAAUCACAAUUUGGGUAAUUCCUCAGUUUUUCAUUGCGCAUAUUUACUGCGCAUAUCUAACCCUAAGCCAACGACGCGGAGUUGCGCGGU